GUGAUGUCAGAGGUUGCUUACUUGCUUUGAAAUUUCUACAGAGGGAAAGCAGAUUGGUGAGGGCUCUGGGGAAAAUAGGAUAAGAUGACAGCGCCUCCGGCUAAGAAGAGAUCGGACGGUCUGAGAUCGUUUCUAGGGAGACAGGAUCAGUACCGACAAUUUGUGGAGGGGUCAAUCGUGAGGAUCAAGAUGGAGAACUUUCUGACAUAUGACACGUGUGAGGUUUUCCCUGGUCCGCACUUAAACAUGAUUGUUGGUGCUAAUGGGACAGGAAAAUCGAGCAUUGUUUGUGCUCUCUGCCUCGGAUUGGCUGGGAAGACGUCUUUUAUUGGGCGAGCAGAUAAGGUUGGAUUCUUUGUGAAACGUGGGUGCCAGAAAGGCUUUGUUGAAUUAGAACUGUACAGACCCUCUGGAAAUCUGAUCAUUACACGGGAAAUCCAUGUUGCAAACAAUCAGUCUGCAUGGUCUAUAAACAACAAAAGUGCAUCUCUUAAAAUGGUAGAAGAGCAGGUUGCUGCUUUGAAUAUUCAAGUGGGAAAUCUCUGCCAGUUCCUUCCCCAGGACAAAGUUGGUGAAUUUGCAAAGUUAUCAAAAAUUGAACUUCUUGAGGCAACAGAAAAAUCAAUUGGUCCACCAGAGAUGUACAAGUUCCAUUGUGAUUUAAAAAACUGCAGGGAAAAAGAAAAGGAACUUGAGAAUUCAUGUAAGAAUAAAGAAGAGUUCUUAGAAAAACAGAAACAGCGGAACGAACGAUACAAGCAGGAUGUUGAAAGGUAUUAUGAAAGAAAGCGUCACCUUGAUAAGAUCGAGAUGCUUGAAAGGAAAAGACCAUGGGUGGAAUAUGAAACUGUGCGUCAGCAAUAUGAGGAGAUCAAACAAAGGCGAGAAGGCUUAAAGGAAGAGCUAAAAAAAUUAAAAGCAGUUCAAGCUCCACUUAAUGAUCAAAUUCAGAAACUUGAUAAACAGCAAAGGAGCAUUGAUGGGAAAAUUAGAGAGAAGGUUAUGGAGAUUAAAGACACAUCUCAACAAUGUAAGAUGAAACAGGAUGCUUUGGAAAGGAAAGACAAACAGAUUGAAGACAUUCAGCAAGUGUUGAGAAUGAAGAGAGAUGAAGAGCAAGAAAAACAGAAAAAAAUUAGCAAUAUCCGUAAAAUGAUAGAAGAUUGGCAAAAUGAACUGAGCACUACUGCAAACUGUGAGAACCUUCAACCUGAGUUGGACUCCAUUGGCAAUGAGCUGCGCAGUAUACAGGAAGAGAAAACCAUUCUUGAAAGUGAAAUGAAUGACCGUAGAAUGGAGAGGGAGAACUUAGAAAGAGAGAAGAAAAAUCAAGCUUAUCGUCUGAAACAAUUUGAGAAUUUAAUGAAUUUAAAGGAAGAAAAACUGAAGAAUCGAUUUAGUGACACUUAUAAAGCGCUUGUGUGGUUAAAACAAAACAAAGAUCGAUUCAAAAAGACCGUUUGCUACCCCAUUAUGUUAGAAAUCAACAUGAAAGAUCAGCAACAUGCAAAGUACAUUGAAAAUCAUAUUUCUAUGAAUGAUAUGAGAGCAUUUGUGUUUGAAAGCCAAGACGAUAUGGAAGUAUUUCUGAAAGAAAUCCGUGACAAUCAAAGGUUGAGAGUCAAUGCGGUUUGCUCACCAUCUGAGUCAUUUGCCGAACGAAGGCCUAGCAGAUCGAUCACAGAGUUACAGCAAUAUGGAUUCUUCUCUUACUUAAGAGAGUUAUUUGAUGCUCCUUGGCCAGUAAUGAAUUACCUUUGUGGCCAGUAUCAUGUGCAUGACGUGCCUGUUGGAACAGAGAAAACCCGAUCAAUGAUUGAAAAGGUAAUUCAUGAAACAAAACUAAGGCAGAUUUACACAGCAGAGGAAAGAUACUCUGUAAAGGUAUCUGCAUAUAGCAACAAAGUUAUUUCCAGCAACAUGUCACUGAAAGCAGCUCAAUUCCUCACUGUUACAGUGGAUGCUGAUGAAAGGAGGCAGAUAUUAGAACAAAUCAAGGAUAUUCAGAAAAGAAUUUGUAUCUUGGAUUCACGUAUGGCAGAGCUGGUUGAGAAGCAAAAGAUUCUAGACAGAAGAGAUAAUGAACUAAGAUUAAGGAAGAAGGAAGUUCUUGAUAUGAAAACAAAAAAGAGGCAAUUGGAGCAAAAAAUUCAAACCAAACGGGACAGCUUAAAUCAAUUGGAGCAAGAAAAUAUUAAUUUGGAAGAAGAAGAGAGAAAAGCUAAUUCCAAGAUAAAAGAAAUCAAUGUCCAGAAAGCAAUGCUUGUUAUGGAGCUAAUGAAUUUAAUUAAGAGAUGCACAACCCUUAAUAUAGAAAAAGUGGAUUUAAGCCUCCAAAGUACAACUGUGUCUUCUGAGAAGAAUAAGCUUGAUUCACAGUAUAAACAGGCAUUAUCACAACUUAGGGAUUUGGAAGCUCAAUUUGUUAAUAUGGAUGGAAGGAAGCGCACUUUGUUAGAAAAUUGCAAAGGAUUACUGGGAAAAGCCAGGAAAGCUUGUAAUAUGGAUCCAAGUCAAGAAAUCCCUCAAGAUUUGCAAGCGUUCCAGUCCCUUCCAAACACCCUGGAUGAAAUUGAUGCAUUGUUAAACGAAGAAAAGUCUAGAGCUUCUUGCUUCACAGGAUUAAAUGCUUCGGUUGUGGAAGACUAUACCAAACGAACACAUGAAAUACAGUUGCUGACAGAGGAGCUUAAUCAGAAAAAAUCUGAAUUGGAGGAUUAUAGGAAGAAUAUAUCACAGGUCAAAGAAAAAUGGCUCAAUCCUUUAAAGCAGUUAGUAGAAAAAAUCAAUGAACAGUUUAGUAGUUUCUUCAGUUCCAUGCAGUGUGUCGGUGAAGUGGAUCUUCAUACUGAAAAUGAGGAAGAAUAUGACAAGUAUGGAAUCAGGAUUCGUGUGAAAUUUAGAAGUAGCACUCAGCUUCAUGAACUGACGCCACACCACCAAAGUGGUGGGGAGCGCAGCGUAUCCACUAUGCUCUACCUAAUGGCACUUCAGGAGCUUAAUAGAUGCCCUUUCAGAGUAGUUGAUGAAAUAAACCAGGGCAUGGACCCUGUUAACGAAAGAAGAGUGUUUGAAAUGGUUGUGAAGACUGCUUGCAAAGAAAGUACUUCUCAGUAUUUCCUUAUUACACCAAAGCUUCUCCAGAAUCUUGUGUAUGCUGAUAAAAUGAAUGUAUUAUUUGUUUAUAACGGACCUUACAUGCUUGAAUCCACAAAAUGGAAUUUAAAAGCCUUCCACAGAAGAAGGAGAAGAGUUGCUGCAGAAGAUCAAUAAAGAGACAACUUGGUUUCCUACAUUCACAACAUUUGUAAUAAAAUCUGUAUGUAAUUUCUAUAGUAUCUCAAACCUAUUUUUGCUUUUUAAAAUAAAUGUUCUUUCUACUUUGGUUAAUAAAACUGAAUGUUAUUUGUUAUUGUUAUCUUUAGAAUAGUUUCAUAAUAAAUAUGUGGCCUUUAAACUCACUCAUAAUGGUAUCACUAAAGAAAAGUGAAAUGCAUUUGUUAUUUCAAAUUCUAAAACUUUAGCUUGUUCAGGAUCCAUACAUACAUGUUAUGUGCUUUAUGUAAAAAAAAAUGUUUUAAUAAAUUCUAAGUUAAGUCA